AUGGAGUCGGAGGAGGAGAAGGCCAGAAGGCUCUCUAAGUGCAGGAGGAGGAAACGAGCCUUCCAGAGGCCGGUGGAGGCGGCCGAGGGCGCGAAAGCCCGGGAUCGGGAGGACAGGCCCCCUGAGGCCAAGAAACCUCACUUAUCAUCAGUUUUAUUUGUGGAAAACUGUGAAGUAACCCACAGUCAACUCCGUGAAUUGCUGAGGAAUGCAGUUUUGGGCAAAUCCACGUUUUCUAAACCCAGCUGGUGCCACCUUUUUCACCAAAACCACCUGAACAACGUGGUGGUUUUUAUUCUGCAGGGAAUGAGUCAGCUGCAUUUUUAUAAAUUCUAUUUAGAGUUUGGAUUUCUCCGAAGGACAUUCCAACAUAAAUUCUGCAUGCCUCCUCCAUCCUCAAAUUUUCUAGCUGAUAUAAUUGGAUUGCGAAUGAAACAAACAAAUGGGGAUCUUCCAAGAAUGAUGGAAGGCCCUCUGGGAGCCACUGUGAAAGCCGCUGUCAACAUACAGAAUAACCCCAUCAUUCAGAAGUAUGGCUAUAAGAGAGUGGGCUUGACCAAGUGCCUUCUGACAAAGGAAGAAAUGAAAACACAUAACUUUCCAUUACAAGGUCUUUCUGACUACAAUAACUUUGUCCCUACUAAAUGCAGUGGUUCUAUAAUGGACAAUAGCCCUCUCUUUGGACUUGGCUGUGAAAUGUGUCUCACAUCCAAGGGGAGAAAAGUAACACGCAUCUCACUGGUUGCUGAAGGAGGCCGCUGUAUUAUGGAUGAGUUUGUUCAGCCUGACAGUCAGAUUCUGCGCUCCCUCACCAGCUUCUCAGGAAUCAAAAAGAAGAUCCUUGACCCAGUGACAACCAAACUCAAAGAUGUACAGAAACAGUUAAAAGCACUGCUUCCUCCCGAUGCGGUGUUAGUGGGCCACUCUUUAAACCUGGACCUCAGGACACUGAAAAUGACACACCCAUAUAUUAUUGAUACAUCAUUGCUGUAUGUCAGAGAGCAGGGCAGAAGAUUUAAGCUAAAGUUCUUAGCUAAAGCUAUUUUGGGAAAAGACAUACAGUGUCCAAACAGUAUUGGUCAUGAUGCAACAGAAGAUGCUAGGACAACCCUUGAAUUGCUUCGGUAUUUCCUUAAGUAUGGGCCAAAGAAGAUUGCAGAACUAAAUCUAGAGGCACUUGCUAAUCAUCAAGAAUUGCAUGCAGCAAGCCAAGAGCCAAGACAGACAGCAGACAUUGUUCAGCCAGAUUCAAGUGUUUUAGAAUGCUUGGACUCAAUGAGUCAAAAACUCCUUUUGUUGACCCGUGAGACGGAGACCAGUGAACUUUCUUCUUCCAAAAACUGCCAAAUUAUUAAAUGUCUUUCGAAUAAAGAGGUUCUAGAGCAUGCCAGAGUGGAAGUCCCCCUGUUUCCCUUCAGUAUUGUCCAGUUUUCUUUUGAGCACCUUUCACCCAGCUUUACAGAGGAGAUGAACAAAAGGAUGAGGGUCAAGUGGGCAGAGAUAUCAACUGUGUAUGCAGGACCCUUUAGCAAAAAUUGCAACCUGAAGGCUCUCAAGAGACUGUUUAAGAGUUUUGGCCCAGUUCAGUUUUUAACAUUUGUUCUUGAAGCCCAUCAGCCUCAUCUUUGUAUCCAGUAUGAAGUCCUGGAAGCUGCCCAGCUGGCCAUAGAGACCUUGAAUGGCACUCUGAUAGACGGCAUCCCCAUCAAGGUGCAAAGACCCUUGACAGAGCUCACCCUCGACUGUGACACCCUUAUAAAUGAGUUGGAACGAGAUUCUGAGAACCAAGGUACUAUUUACCUGUCUGGAGUGAGCGAAAGCUUCAAAGAACACCUACUGGAGGAGCCCAACCUACUCCUUGACCUAGAAGCUGUGAUCUUGCCUAAAAGUGGAAAGGAGAAGAAAUACUGUUUCCUGAAAUUCAGCACUUUGGGCAGCGCCCAGAAGGCCCUCAACAUUCUUACCAGCAAGGACUGGAAUCUGAGAGGCAGACAGGCCCUAACCCCCAGGCACCUCCACACGUGGCUCAAAGGCCUGUCUCCCGAGUUAAGCAGGUCCCCAGGCCUUCAUGUUUUACCUCCCUCUGAGGAGCAUCAAGCCUUACAGGUUCUGAAGGUGGACCACCCCAAGAUAGCAGCCUGGCGCUGGGGCCGGAAGAUUGGAAAGCUCUAUCACAGCCUGUGCCCAGGGACCCUCUGCCUCAUCCUCCUGCCAGGAACCAAGAGCACUCACGGAUCAUUCCCUGGACUAGGACUGAUGGGCAUAAAGAAUGAAGAGGAAAGUAUCAUCCCAGAAUGGUCUUUGUGA